CCGCCGACAACCAAUUCAUUCGUCCACAUGGCGUCAAACGGUGCACACGAUUGUUUCAAGCUCUCCGAUCGAGGCGAGGCUGUUACAACGGUGGCCAAUCAUUAUUACUUGGAUUUAUAAUCACAAAAGAGAACCGGCCAGUUAGUUAAUUAACUUCCACACGAUUGAAGUUGAGUGAAACAAAUCUAGCUAAACUGUUGGAUUCCUGUCAAUAUAAUCAAAUUAUAUGGAAUAAUUUAUGCGAUCACAAGUGCAAAGCACUUGUCAGCCCCCACAGGAUUGAUGGAUAGUUUCCGAGAUUAGAGGAAAAUUAGUGUAGUGUGGGAAAGGUUUCAGAACGGAUUAAUUUCGAUGCUGGCGGGUGUUUGACCGCGGGAAAUUUGAUUUGGAAUCAUUUAAAGAAGAUAAUUUCAAAGUGGCAACUAUUUGUGGCGAAGCGCUAUGUGAUGCAACCGAUUAUGAUCUGGUGUUGGUUUUAGGAAAACAGAACAAUUGCAUCGGACAAUUCCCAAGUGACAAUCAAAAUCAAUUGACCAAAAGGACCACCUCGCGUAAAACAAUCGGACUUGUGUGGUGAAUCAGUGAAAAUUAAUUCAAUUUGGCAUUCCAAUUCGCGCGCAUCGAUUGCGGUUCAAAUUUGAUUUUUGUGACCUCGGGGAAUUCGACGAGGCAAAAAUUUGUGCAAUGCAUUGGAACAAUUCUGUUUGUUUCCAGCUAUAAAAAAAACGAUUGACCCGUUGCUCCGAUUCAUGCAAAAAUAAUGGUUUACUCUCAAAAUGAAAUUGCUGGGGCAGCAGAAAAGGUGGAAUACAAUCAAAUAAGCGAUAAAUAGAAUAAAUUUUCAAUUAUGCGGCUUCGUCUGAGUUGUGGCAAAAAAUAUUGAACCACAUUGGUGAGCGAAUGGAUGCAUGUGGCUGCAAACCAUAUUGAAGUUAUCAUAGCGCAGUCAAUGUGAAAAAAUGUUUACAAAUUGGUUGGCACCACCCUCAGCCUCCCUGCCUCCGGAUACAGUCAUAGAGGUAGGCUCACCCCCUUUCACUCGAUACGCCGCCCAUAGUGCAUUGGUUUCGGCUCACAGUGGCUACCUGAGGGCCGCACUUCGUUCGGAAAGAUCCACCGGAAGCACCGAAACGGUACCCAUAUAUGUCCCAAAUGUGACCGCAGAUCAAUUCACACCACUGCUCACCUACAUGUAUACCGGAUUUUUAGAUCUCAAUAUUGAAAACAUUUUCGGUGUUCUACUGGCCACGCAUAUUCUUCACAUGCCACGAGCCCUAGAAUUGUGCCGAGCUUUCCUUUCUGCCACACAGACGGAAAACUAUUUCAACGGACUCACAGCUUUGUCUGCAGCAGCUUCAAAUGUCCCCAACAUAUCGAAACAAAAACCAGAACUGGAAAAUAGCAAAGUAGUACGACCGAUUGCCAGCAAAGCCACCGGGAUUGGAUUAAAUUUCAUUGCUCCUCCUGCAUCUCACAUUUUACUUCCGAGCAUUCAUACGCCAUUCAAAAGCUUGUCGACUGUCGGACCACCAUCCACUUUUGGAGAAAAUACUGAAAACUCAAGUCCAUCUCUAGAGAUUUCCGAAAUGGUAGAAGUAACAGAAGAGGUAGAACCAAUCGAAAAACCACCAAAAAGUACUGCUGAUCAACCAUCGACAAAAUCCCCUAAAGAACCGAGCCAGAAACGACAAUCAACGAAAGCUUCAAAACGUACGAACAUCUCAACAAAAUCUGAGUCAACAAUCAUCGCUACGGGUAAUCCCAUCUCAAAAGAUAACAACAGUAAUACCACCGCAGAUAAAGGUGUGAUCAUUGAUAUCGCAAGCUGUGAUGGACCUGUCCGAUUCCGGCGUGUCCUUAACGAUAGCUACGGAAUGAACAGUCCCACCAACAGCAAUACAAUUUGUGCGCCAAACGAUGAACUCAAAAAUCGCUAUAUGAGUUCAUCGUUCCAUCAACAGAUGGUGCGCAACAUCAAUGAACGGCGACUGACUGCCGGCGAAAGCUACAAUUCGAAGGACGAAAAUAGCCAAGACAACAACCAUGCACAUCAAAGUUCAUCGACAACAUCCAGUUCAUCGACAUCUGGGGGAGGAGGCGGCGAAUCGACCAACUCAACGGGAACUGUGUACAAUUGUGUUUAUUGCAAGCACACGUUCAAAUCGCAGUACUGCUAUCAAAAGCACGCCAAACGUCAUCUGAUUCCAUUGAGUUUGAAUGCAACAAUGCUGACCGAUGAACUGGCCGCCCAACAACAACAGCACAUGGCCGUAGCUCAACAGGGUCAAAACAUGGAAAAGGAAAAGGACAAUCUGACUGUACGUUUUCAAUCAAAAGCUGCCGCUAACAAGCGGGAAGUGAAACCGCUGGACAUGAAUGUCCAGUACUAUCCGUGUAAAACAUGUGGCAGUAAAUUUCCUAGUUACUAUUUUGUGCACAAGCACCGGAAAAUGUGUCAUGCCGACGAAGAAGUAUUGUAGAGAUCAGUGACAACUUAAUUUAAGUGAUUAUGGAAAUUGAAGUGAUCAAAAUAUAAUAAGUAUUUAAAAGUUAGACGCUAGAGUAGCAUUGUCCGUGCAUAACACAGGGUUCUUGAGUAAACUCAAAUUCACACGCAUAUCACUAUUUAGUAAACUAAUAAAUAUCGCAAAUAUAUUCUACUAUACCUUAC